AUGACUGCAAAGUGGGUGAAAAUCGAUGUUAUUUCUGGUCUUUUUGGUGUUGCAAUUGGUUUUGUCUCAUUUUCAUUUAUUUUUCAAUGGCAACAAAAAAGACGUAAAUCUCAUUCAUCAAUAUUUAAUAGUGAACAUGAAGAAAAUUUACAUUGGAAUCCAUUAAUAGAACGACGUGGUUUAGGUGAUCUCCUAACACGACUUAAUCAUAUAGCAAUAACUGUAUCAGAUGUUGGUAGAUCACUUAGUUUUUAUGUUGAUAUAUUAGGAUUACAACAAAUUCGUCGUCCAACUUUUGAUCGUCAUGGUGCAUGGUUAACAAUGGGUAAUAUUGAACUUCAUCUUAUCAAAGGUAUACCAGCUAUACCACCUGUUGAUAAUCUUCAAGUUGCACAUCUUGCAUUUCAAACAUCAGAUAUGAAUGAAGUAUUACGAAAACUUCAUGAAUUAAAUGUAGAUGUUCGUCAAAGUUUAACAGUUACAAAUGCACAUAAAUUGAUAUCUGAAGAUAAACCAGUUAUUAUUCAAUAUUUUUUCAAUGAUCCAGAUGGAUAUUAUAUUGAAUUAUGUAAUUGUGAUGUUCUCACAGAAUUUUCAUUUAAUCGCAAUUUAACUAUUGAUAAUAUUGAUUAUCAUGAAGGUAUUUUUCAUAAUAAAAUAUUUACUAUUAUUAAAGUAUUAGCAAAUUGGAAAAGACUAGUUCGAAAACAUUCUGACGAAGAAUUUGAUAAUAUAUUAAAAAAUACAACUCGAGCAAAUGAAAUUGAUGAAAAAAAAUUUAAUAAUCUUAUCACACGACGAUCAGUUUAUGGUGAUAUUUUACAAGGAUUUAAUGAUGAAGAUAUUAAAGAUGCUUUACUUCAAUCUAAUAAUUGUAUUCCAUUAACAGUCAAAAUUCUGGCUAGAAAACGUGGCGAAAGAAGAUUUUAUCGACCACCUUCUUUCAUUGAACAUGGUGAAAUAGUCGAUCCUGAACCAUUUAUUAUGAAUCAAAAUAAAUCUGAUUGA